AUGCUCUGGGCUGCUCGGGGAUGUUUCCUGCUCUGGCUGCUCCCGUCCAUCCUCAGAGCCCGGGCUAGCCCGGAGACGAGGCCCAGCUCCCCGCUGUGCCAGCAGAGCCCCACGAAAGUGUCUUGCAAAGGAGUUGGCCUGCGGAAAUUUCCCAAGGAGCUUGGCCAAGGAAUUAAGUACCUUGAACUCUCCAACAACUUCAUCCAAACCCUGUCAGGCAGCAACAUGCCAGGAUUUGGGCAGCUGGAGUACCUGGAUGUGUGCUUCAACCAGCUGGAAGCUGUAUCAGCCACCGCCCUGGCUCAGCUGCCUCGGCUGCGCUCGCUCCUCCUGGGAUCGAACCGCCUGGACCGGAAUUACUUGGCUAACGGGGAAGCUUUCCAUCUGCUCAGGAAUAUAGAGGUCCUGGACCUGUCUGUGAAUAACCUGGAGAGCCACAUGGCCAGCUGGUACAUCAGCAACCUCACCAGCCUGCGGGUGCUGGAUCUCUCAGGGAACACGAUGACCAAGCUCCUGGCAGGGACCUUCCGGAACUCACCGCGGCUGCGCCAGCUCGACCUCAGCAACAACUACAUCAUGGAGAUCCAGGAGGGAGCUUUUGAGCCUCUGGAAGAGCUGGAGGUGCUGAACUUGGCUUUGAAUUCCCUCCACUGUGUCUCUGGCUUCAGCCUCACGCAGCUGCGAGUUUUAAACCUCAGCCACAACGCCCUGGAGCUCUUCUCCUCUGAGGAGGAGGGAGCAGAGCCCUACCUGCUCCGAGUGCUUGACUUGAGCCAUAACAGACUCCUCUCUUUUCCAGAGCUCCCCAGAGCCCAUGAUCUCACACACUUAAACCUUUCCAGCAACCUCAUUGCUUCCCUGCUCCCAGGCUCACCCCAUCCCAGGGAGUUUGUCCUGCUCUACAAGGAGAUGCAGAGGUUCAACAGGACCGUGCGUCCUGUGGCCGCUCUGACACACGUGGCUGACCUGGAUCUCAGCAAUAACCGCCUGGAGCUGUUCCCAUUUUCCUUCUUCCACAGCCUGGGCUCCCUGCACAGCCUCAGCCUGGCAAGGAACUGUCUCCAGGACGUGGCCAGGGAGUCUGCCUCCAAUGGCACGGAGCUGUCCGUGCACUGGCUGGACCUCCAAAGCAACGCCCUCCGUGUGCUGCCACGCUGGUUCUUCGAUUCCCUGCCUCACCUGGAAUCCAUGGAUCUGAGCUCCAACAGCCUCCAGCCUUGUGAGAGCCAAGGGAGUGACCAGGGAAGGGAUUUGGGAGGGGAUUCUCACACGUCAGCCUCCGGAGACACCUGCACCCCCUUCUACAACGUACCUCACCUGAAGCACCUGAGCCUGUCCAAGAACAACAUCUCCAGGCUGCAGCCCCACGCCUUCAACCGGACCCCGCUGCUCUCCCUGGACCUGUCUGGAAACAGGGACUUGUCCAUGCCCAUGGGAGCGCUGGGGGGGUUGGAGCUGUCCCUGCAGGAGCUCUCUCUGAGGGACAACCAGAUGGACGAGGGCCAAGCAGCGCUGCCCUGCCUGGGCACUCUCCGAGUGCUGGACCUGUCGGGCAACCACCUGAGCCUGCUGCCCACGGGGCUCUCCUGCUCCCCGCUGGAGAGCCUGGACAUUCGGAAUAACCACCUGCAGAGCUUGGGAACAGCUGGGAGCUGGUCCCACAGCCUGAGGGCAGUGUUGGUGGCUGGGAACCCCUGGAGCUGCUGCUCUCUGGGCUGGCUGGACACGCUGCGUGUGGCCGGCGUGGCCGUGCCGGACCUGCCCCAAGCCCGCUGUGUCUUCCAGGAGCACAGCCAGAACAUCUCGGCCAGGAUCACCGGCACUCCCCGCUGGAUCUGUCCCCAGUCCGAGGCCACUGCCUCCCUGGCUCUGCUCGUGGCCCUGGUGAGCCUUUCCCUCCUCGCUGCCUGGGCUUUCUGCCUCCUGAGGAAAGGGCGGAAGGCUCCGGGAUGUGCGGGACUCGGGAGCAACAGGGUGGGAGUCUUCCAGCCCCAUCCCAAAGGAAAGGAGCCAGCUGAGGAGAGGCCAGCUGACAGCAUCACCCAAGUAUAG